AUGGAAAAAUAUAUAAAAAAACAUAAUAAUAUAAUAAUAAACAAUAAAUUAUUUGAUUCAGAACAAAUAUAUGGGCACCCACCCAACCAUAAGAAUUCUGAUGGGGUUUUACGAUAUUAUGGAAAUGGAAGCGGAAAUGUAUAUAAUUCUUCUAAAGGUAAUAUAAUGCAUGGAAAUAAUGGAUGUGGAAAAAGCUUAGGAAAUAAUUAUAGCCAAAUGGUGAUAUCGAAAAAUCAUGGGAAAUAUAAUGAAAAUUAUAUAUAUAUAAAUAACAAUAACAAUAAUGAACAAAAUUAUAGACGAAGUAAACACAAUGAUGAAAUAAAAGAAAUAAUUGAAAAUGGUAAUGUAAAAAGAAAAACAUUAUUAUAUAAUAAUAUUGUAGAUUCAAAUAAACAGCUAACUAACAAAUUAAAUGCAUUAGAAAUGAACACAAAAAGAGAUAGUGAUGUAAAAAGAUGUAUAGAUUAUUUUAAUUCAUUACGUAAAGGAAAUGUUGAUAUUAAAAAAAUACUUGAAAAUAAAAAUUUUAAAGAAUUAAAUAUUCCUAAAGAGCAUUUAGACAAUGGCCAAUUUUUCAAUUAUUUAGAAUAUUAUAAAAAACAUAAUUUAAAAGAAUUAAUAGAUUAUUUUGAUGAAAUUAAUACAAAAGAUAAUAAUGAACGUGUUUCGUCUCAAAAUAAAAAUAAAAUUACUACAUCAGGAUCUAAUAGCGAAAAAAAUAGUUCUAAUGGCAAUAAAUUAAAUAAAGGUGAAGAACAAAAGGGUAUACUAAAUUCGAAACCAAAUGAAAUAUCAGAAAAUAAAACUGAAGAUUUAAAAACAAAUAAAAACAAACGACCUCAAUAUCCUUCAUUCAUUAAUGGCGAUGAAACAGAUGAAAAAUUAUUUUAUCAAAGAAAAAAAACAAAACAUGAAAAAGAGCCAGAUCCAGUAUUUUAUACCAUAGAUGAUUUAUUUGAUUAA